AUGCCUCCGCCGAUGCAGCGCUUUGGCGUCGCGAAUAACCUUGCAAACCACUACCAGCAGUAUCCAUCUCAUGCGCAGUCGCAUGCGGCCGGCCUGGCUCCGCCCGCCAACCAGGGGUUCAUGAAUGCGAAUUCGAUGAGCAACCCUUUUGCCGUGAACGGGAAUGCCUUGAGCCUCUCCGGGGGUUUCGGAGGCGCUGGUAUAGGGGCGCCUGGGGCCACUGGGCUGGCGAGCCAUGCUGCGCAGCUGGGCUUUGCGAAUGCGAAUCACCCGGUACACAACGGUAUCGACCACGGAGCAAGACAGGCGGGAAAUAAGAACAGGAUACGGGACGUAUGGGCUGGUAACCUCAAUGAGGAAAUGGCUAUUUUGAGGUGUCUGGUGGACAAGUACCCAUACAUCGCAAUGGAUACGGAAUUCCCUGGACUCGUCGCACGACCUAUGGGAUCUUUCAAUGGGAAGAGCGAUUAUCAUUAUCAGUGUCUCCGUUGCAACGUCGAUCUGCUCAAACUUCUCCAAUUAGGCAUCAGUGUGUUUACGGAAGAUGGCGAAUCCCCUCCAGCGCAAAUGUCCGCCGCAGAGUUGGGACUCGACGUGACACAGGAAGAGACGCGGAAGUAUGCUAGUAAUUCCCCAAUCAACAUCCCGACGACGUGGCAGUUUAACUUCCAGUUUUCUCUGGAAGAUGACAUGUUCGCAGAGAUGUCGAUCGAAACAUUAAGGAGAGCCGGGGUAGACUUCGACAGAAUGCAGGCCGAUGGCAUAGACGUAGGCACUUUUGGGUCAGUCCUUAUGACAUCUGGCCUCGUUUGCUACGAAGAAGUGCAUUGGGUAUCUUUCCACGGGGGCUACGAUUUUGGCUACCUCACGAAACUUCUCAUGGUCAACCCUCUCCCUGAUGAUGAAUUCGAAUUUGAUGUCAAUAUGAAGAAGUACUUCCCCAGCAUAUAUGAUAUCAAGUACCUUAUGAAGGCGGCCAUCAGACAACACACUAUGGGCCAGGCCACUCCACUGGAUCCGCAGAGCGCCGAAGUUUUGCAGAAGUUCGAGCAGAAGUCCGGCUUGGAAGCCCUGGCUGAGAGCCUGAAGAUCAAGAGACAAGGCUUUGCGCAUCAAGCUGGGUCGGAUUCGCUGUUGACGGGCAAGGUGUUCUUCCGAAUCCGGGAAAAAAUCUUCAACGGCGAGAUCAGCGACGAGCACGAUGGCAAGGUAUGGGGUCUGGGGUUUCCAGAAUACGUUAUUAGUAAUGCCCACAUCCAACACAACAACUAUCAGCAACAAGAGAAUGUUACGCCAGGCCAGAACGGGUACACCAAUGGCACUCCAAGUACUCCGAAUACUGGCAAUGCGAAUCUUGUGAGCACACCUGUCCACAGCAGCAAUACUGGACCGAUGGGGCCUCAGACGCCUGGUGGGACGGGUGGAGUAUUUGGAGCUUUCCAGUACAACAGGUGA